UUCACAGAAAUUCUCACAAAGAUUACCAAGCUUGAUGAACUUCUUUCAAGGCCUUUUAUAAGGUAGGUAGGUAGUCCAUGUUUGCAAUUUGGUUUAUCAUUGUAGUUUUUCUCAUUUGUUCUUGUGAGGUUUAUUUUCUCAAGUUCCAUCAAUAAUAUAUAUGGCACCAAAGAAUAAGUAUGACGUUUUCAUAUGCUUUAGAGGUGAGGAUACCCGUUGUAAUUUUACUAGCCAUCUCCACAAAGCAUUGUCCAAUAACAGUUUACAAGUUUACAUGGAUGAGAGGCUUGAGAGAGGUGAUGAGAUUUCAUCUGCUCUUUUGAAAGCAAUUGAAGACUCAAAACUUUCUGUCAUAGUUUUCUCGGAAAAUUAUGCAUCUUCGAGGUGGUGUUUGGAUGAACUGGUUCAUAUUCUGAGGUGUAAAGAAAGAGAUGAACAGAUUGUUGUACCAAUAUUUUAUCAUGUGAGUCCAUGUGAUGUCAGAAAACAAUUAGGGCAUUUUGGAGUUGUAUUUGGUGAGCUUGAAAAGUGGUUUAAGAACAACUCUGAUAGGUUGACUCAAUGGAGGACUGCCUUAACAUCUGCUGCUAAUCUCUCUGGCUGGGAUGCACCCACUACCAGGUGCGAGUCUGAAUUAAUUGAGAAAAUUGUCAAAGACAUUUUGAAGAAAUUGAAUUUUAUUAUGUCACCAAGUAAUAGUGAUGAUUUGAAUGGUCUUGUUGGAAUAAAGAGGCGUGUUGAAUAUCUUGAAUCAUUGUUAUUAUUAGAUGCUAAUAAAAUCGUAGGCAUUUGGGGCAUGGGUGGUAUAGGUAAGACCACUUUAGCAAGUGUCUUGUUUAAUCGAUUCUGCGGCGGAUUUGAAGGUCAGUGCUUUCUUGAAAAUGUUAGGGAAGAAUGGCAAAAGCAUAAUAUGCUCAAGUUGAGGAAAAAACUCUAUGCUGAGUUGUUGAAGGAGAAAGGUCAAGAUGUGGUCAACAUCUUUGCAAAGGAGAGACUUUGUCGUAUAAAAGUUCUCAUUGUUCUUGAUGAUCUAGAUGAUGUAGAACAGUUUGAGUAUUUAGUUGGAGAUCGUGAUUGGUUAAGUCAUGGAAGUAGAGUAAUUAUAACAACUAGAGAUAAGCAAAUGCUUAAGAAUAUUGGUGUUGAUUGGAUCUAUAUGGCAGAGCAACUAGAUGAAGAUGAGGCUCUUCAACUCUUUACUUCGAAUGCAUUCAAAAGAGAUGUUCCACCAUCGAGCUACAUGGAGUUGUCAAAAGCAGUAAUGAAUUAUGCCUCAGGCAUUCCCUUGGCCCUAAAAGUGUUGGGAUCUCAUUUGUAUUCGAAGAGCAAAGAAGAGUGGAACAGUGCACUGAAGAAGUUGAAAGUAUAUCCCAACAAAAAAAUUCAAAAUACACUGAGAAUAAGUUAUGAUGGACUAGACGACAAAGAAAAAGAUGUAUUUCUUGAUAUUGCAUGCUUUUUCAAAGGAAAGUUUAUAAAAUUUGUGGCAAGAUUAUUGGACGAUGAUUGUAUGUUUGCGGAUGUGGUCAGAGUUCUUGUUGACAAAUCUAUCAUAAUCGUGACUCCCUAUGAGAAGCUAUGGAUGCAUGAUUUGAUACAGGAAAUGGGAUUGGAAAUUGUUCGUCAAGAUUGCAUGAAAGAGCCUGGAAGGCGUAGUAGACUAUGGACCAGUGAUGAUAUAUGUCAUGUCUUACAAAAUAAUACUGGUAGCUCAAAAGUUGAAGGAAUAUUCCUUAACUUGUGUGAAAUUAGAGGGAAGAACAUGAUGAAAUUGAAGUCUACGGUGUUUAGAAAAAUGUACAAUCUAAGACUACUUGAAAUAUCUAGAGAUUUUGAACAAAUGGAGAUGUGCAAACUGCAACUUCCUCAAGGUCUUGAUACACUUCCUAAUUCUCUUAGAUAUCUCAACUGGCUUGACUACCCUUUGAAGUCUUUACCAUCAACUUUUAUGCCACAACAUCUUGUUGAGCUCAACAUGCCCUUUAGCCAAUUGGAGAAACUAGGGGAGGAAUUACAAUUUCCUCGUGUCAUUGACUACUCUGUUUCUAUGUUUGGAUGCUCUAAUCUCAAAGUUCUUUCACAUAUCUCGGGGAAUAUUAAGUACAUUUGUUUACAUUCAACUGCAGUGGAAGAAUUGCACCCUUCCAUUUGGUCACUUCAAAAUCUUUCUAUAUUGGAUCUGAGUUACUGUAAAUCCCUCAAGAAUCUUCCAAAAAUCAUGAUUCAGUUGAAAUCCCUAGAUCAUUUAGAUUUAGAGGGUUGUUUAUCUAUUGACAGUUUCCCUGAGCUUCCGAAAGACUUGAGGUUUUUAAAAUUGACUUUGACAAAGAUAAAACAAGUGUCUGUAUCAUCCUUUGAAUGCCUCCCAUAUCUUGAGGAGUUACAUUUAAAUAACUGCACAAGGCUUGAAUCCUUGCCAACCAGCAUCUGUAAGUUGAAAUCUCUUGUGGUUUUAAACCUGUCUGGUUGCACAGAACUAAAAAGUUUCCCAGAAAUCUUUGAGCCAAUGGAGUGUUUGAAGGAUCUCUCUUUAGAUGGAACAGGGAUUAUCAAGUUGCAUUCAUCAAUUGAGAAACUAAUUGGGCUUCAUUGGCUAUUUUUAAGGGACUGCAAGAAUCUUGAGUUUGUUCCAAACAACAUUUUCAAUAUGAGUGGCCUUGAAUGGCUAAGCCUUUCUAAAUGUUCAAAACUAGAAAGUUUACCAACUGUGUCCUCAGUUGGUUUUCAUUUUAAGAUUGAAAUAGAUCUUACUCAUAACAGCCUAUUGAAAUUAUUUGAUUGGAUAUACGGUUUAUCUUCCAUACCAAUGCUAGAUUCAUGUGGAUCAAUGAGUGACAUGAGACCUGUCAGUAUUGAGCCACUUUCUAACAUGAUUUUCUUUAUGUUAGACAAGGGUGAUACAGAAAAAGCUGUUGAUGUUCCCAGUUUCACUGAUUGUUUCAUCUCAUGCCGAUGCAAACCCUCAACCUAUGUUAUAGAGAAAAAGCUGGUAUGUUCCCAGACAUUUUUUGUGGCUGCUCAAGAUGGGACCCUGAGGAGUACUAUAAGUUGGUGUUUAAGUUCUUGCUUUUCGUCAUGAAAGAGGCAAUUUAUUUGGCUCUAACAGGUGGAGAAUCAAUAGAGGAAACAAUUUGGCCUAAGUUCCAUUUAUGUUGUCCAGGAAAUAAAAUUAUAGGAUGGUUCUCUGAGCAAACUAAGGGGUCUUCAAUAAAUAUUAAUCUUUUUUCGGAUUGGCAUGGUGCAGAUUUCUUAGGCUUUGCCUUUUGCAUUGUUGUUGAGUUUGAGCACUAUGGUUUUGAUCUUAACCGUUUGAAUUGUCGUUGCGAAUACGUUUUCAAAACCGGCAAUGGCGAAAGCCGUAGAUGGAGUUGGAGCUCUCAGAGACUAGAAAAGGCUAAAGGGGAUGAAUUAGAAAUGAAAUUUCUGAGUUCAGAUCACAUGUUUUUGGGGUAUAUUGAUGAGGACUACAGUGACUGUGUUGAUGCAACAGAGGUUUCAUUUGAGUUUUACCUUGAACAAAAUGAUUGGGAAGAACUUUUUAAUGUUGGCAAGUACAGAGUGAAAGAGUGUGGAAUCCGCAUGCUAUAUCUUCAACAUGCAGUGGAACUUGGCCUUAUUGAUAUUGAAGAAGAUGGAGAAGAGGAAUUAGAUGAAAUUCAUUACCAAGUUGAGCCAAGAGGAGCUGGGUCCUCAACAACUCUUCUAUUUCAUGAACAAACUAUCCAUGUUACAGCUGGCAUAUCAGAGUACCAGCUAAGCUUGCCUCAGGACUUGGGUGAUUAAAUUUUGGUGAUACCAUAUCUUUGAAAGCUUGUAAAUUGUAGUUAUUAGGCAGAGUGAUAUAUAUCUCUUGGCUGUCUUGGUUUUACUUUCUUUUAAAUCAAAUAAAGUAAAAUUACGGUCUUUUGG